CGUUUCCAGGCAGGGCUUAGUGCCGAGGCAUGGCCCUCGCUUUUCGAACGCUUAACCCUCACUCCCUCCUGUGGGUAUACUGCACGGCUAAAUUUCCUCUCGCCUUUCCAACCAACUUGCACUUUUCGCUCGUGUCUUGCAGCUGACCUGAAGGCAGAAAUAUAUCCGCCGUAUAUUUCUCUCAGUUUAACGGCAUUCAAUGGAUUCAACAGAGGACAUUUGUCAGGAGCGAGUAGAGUUGGAACACUGUCUUCCUGAGCAAGAUGGCCGCAAUGUUGCCCUCUACGGUGUGGCGGUGGCAUUCCAUAACACAUUCCAGGAAGAGCGUGGAUUCGAUGACUUGAACGAGGCGAUCACUUCGCACCGCGCUGCUUUGGAAUCUCAACCACUUGGAAAUCACAAGCGGUCCUCUACACUCGAUCUUGCGGCCUGUCUUUCGAAGAGAUAUGACAGGCAGGGGAUAGUUGCUGACUUGGAAGAAGCCAUCACGCUCUCGCGUGCAGUACUAGCACUCUGCCCACCAGGGCAUCCCGAUCGUGGCAUAUCCUUCAGCAAUCUUGCUCGUGACCUCUGGAAGAGGUUUCCCAAACAAGCUGACACGCCCGGGUUGCACACGGCAAAUUCUGUUUAUCCAGCCGCAUCAGCGAUCUGCCUAACAAGUCAUGCUGACGUUCCCUCCUUACUCUUUCAGCUCUCACUACACUUCUGGGACAGGUUUCAGAGGCAGGCCACACUGACUGACCUGGAUGAAGCUAUUUGUCUCGCAACUUACGUUUUGGAGCUUCGACCACCAGGGCAUUGUGAUUACGCUGUUUCCCUCGAACGGCUUACUCUUUUCGUUGGGGAGCGAGCUCAGCGACUGGCCCAGCGGACGAGCUCGGAUGAGGUCGCCCUCCUUGGCCAGGCAGUAGACAAUCUAACAGUCCUUGCCAAUUACUUCAGAGACAGAUCUGGCCAUCAGAAUGCAACCGUCGAUCUGAAAGAGGCCAUCACUCUGUACCGAUAUGUACUACAGUUCCGCCCGACUGGGCAUCCCAGUCGCGCUUCGUCCCUCUGCGACCUUGCACAGUGUCUAGCAGAACAGUUUCGUCAACAAUCCAAUCUGGCUGAUCUGGAAGAGGCUAUUGCACUUCAACAAGAGGUCCUCCAGCUACUCGCAUCGGAAGACCCGCGUUACGCCAUGUCUCAGCGCUGUCUUAUGGCCUACCUCCAAUUGAAGAUCAGCUCAAAUGUUGCCAUGACGCCCUCCCUUGCCUCAGCUGUUACUCACGUUGACAUUAAGCAAGCCGUCCGUAAUAUCGCAUUUGAAACCCUCAAAACCAUGCCGACGAGGCUGCUGCAGACACGUACCGGCGUGUUGUGCAACCGCGAUGCACAGAUAUUACAUUUCAUGAGCAGUCAACAGUACAGCCAACUGCUGUCUUCGUGUGCAACGUGCAACCCGGUUCAACAAAUGACACUCAUCCGUACUGUUACCUCGAGAUACUUUCAGUACGUCAUGCUUUCUCACCGUUGGGGUGAAGGCGAGCCAUCAUUGCGAGACGUUGAGGGCCACAAGGUAUAUGGUAUGUCAACAAACGGGGGCCUUGGAAAGCUCCAAGCCUUCUGUCUGGUUGCCUGUGAUCGGGGUUACUUGUGGGCAUGGAGCGACACAUGCUGUAUAGAUAAAAAUAGCAGUGCCGAGUUACAAGAAGCUAUAGGAUCAAUGUUCGCAUGGUACCGACGGUCUUCCUUGACUAUCGUGUACCUUUCUGAUGUCUCUGAGACCGGUUCGCUGGGAAACAGCGAAUGGUUUCGACGCGGGUGGACCCUCCAAGAACUACUGGCUCCCCAAACCGUACUAUUCUACACCCAAAACUGGUCACUUUACAAGAACCUCACGUCUUCGAACCAUAAGGCCGACGUCGCGGUGCUGGAAGAGCUGGAGAGGGCAACUGGAAUAGAGCCUGGGUUACUUAUCAACUUUUCUCCGGAUAUGGGUAACGCACGCUUGAGACUGCAAUGGGCGUCGUUACGUCGUACUACCCGACCUGAAGAUAUCGCCUAUUCACUCUUUGGGAUCUUCAAUCUCCACCUACCAGUUCUCUAUGGCGAAUCUGCUGAGCACUCACUCGGACGUCUCUUAGCCGAAAUUGUAUCGCAGUCGGGGGAUAUCUCGGUUCUGGAUUGGGUCGGAGAGGCGUCACAGUUUCAUAGCUGUUUCCCUGCCCAGAUUAUCUCGUAUCACAACCUGCCAUUGCCUCCGCUCCACUCAAGCGCAGAAGAACAGCCAUCGACCAUGAGUUCGCAACCCACAUCAUUUAAAACACUGCGAAAGUCCUGUGGCUCACUCGCUACGUCACUCCUCACUCGUCUCUUGACACCGUCAAGGGUCGUCUAUCGUGUUCCGGCAGUUCGGCUGCGAACCUCCGAUCCAUACGCACGCAACGGCGUGUACGACUUCCACUCACUCAAUAAGGUGCCCCUACCACGAUUUAUCAAUCGCCGCCUUAUACUGCCAUGUGUCGCCCAUCGUAUUGCUGCCUUUCAGCUCAAAAGGGCAGAUCCGCAUGUUCCGAGGUAUACGUACGAAAUCCAGGCAUGUGGUCUGAGGCCACUUGAGGUCGCACUGCCGAGCGAGCUAGAAAAUACGACAAUAUCGCAGGGUGCUUUACAGCUUGUUCGCCCUUGGCACUCGAAGUUGCUUGGGCCGUCUACCAAGCUAUACGCCACGAUUAAAGAGCAGCUACUUUUUACACUGGGAAGGCCAUUUAACGCUCUUUUGUUGACCGAGCUACCUCACAACGAGUACAAAAGGAUUGCGUCUUCUACCCUCAUUAUUGCUCAGCCUGUCAGCCGGGCCAGCGUUCUGAAAAGCACGGUUAGGAUAUUCGAUAUUGUGUAG